CUCGCCAUUUGCCUCUCAUUGUCCUCAUCCCAAUCAUGUCCCGUCCGCACAUCUCUCACUCGUCCUUCUCCCGUCUCUCCUUCAACGAUGAAGGCGACGACGACGGUGAUGCAUGGGCGGCGGACUCGGAUGAUGAGACGACGACGAAUCGACAGCAUACAACCUCGCCCGGCUUGACGUCCUUCCUCCGCAGCCAGCAGCCAAAGCUCACUCGCCCAAUGGCCGCAGGUGGCACCAAUUCACGGUCAGUGAGCACAAGCAGCGUACAGACGACAUCAUCUGCUUCUUCGACUGGGUCCUCUGGGUCGAGGAGGCAUGCUCCGCCUGCAAGGCCUCAUCCUUUUCCUAUCCCGCAGGCAGGACAUAAUCAGAGGACCGUCUCGUCUUCGCCGGCACUGUCGAGCUGGACCAUGGUGGAAGGUAAAUCACAGUCUGCGGCCUCGAUAAAGAGCUCGACGUCCGUACCACCUGCUGAGGAGGCGAGUUCCACCUCCCUUGCCGGGUCCUCGCCGGCGGACGUGGGGUCCACUGCAGCAGAGGCCGUCAUCAAGGCGGCAACGACUGGCAGCUUCGCUUCAUCAACAUCAGCACAUCCGCAGUCAGCAUCACAUCCGAGCAUCAAGCUCACUCGCAGCAAGAGUCGCGAAUCCUCAUCCUUCAUUCGGGCCAUGCGACCAGACCUGCCAGGCGUGGUUCGCGACCCCUUUGCAGCUCUCGACGCCUUGGCUGCAGAGGCGGACCUGCCUACACCAGGCAUUGAGAGCCCUCUGCCUAGUCCUGGGCCGUCAUCGACCUCAACAUCGCGCAGGCAAUCGCGCGUGCCAAGGGAGGCGGCGCAUUUUGACCCUGUCACGAUGGGCGGAGAUGGGCUCAUCAUGGGAAGCGGCGCCUUUGGCAGCUCGAGCUCGAGCCUAGACCAGAUUGAGGGAGAGGAUCAAGCAGAGGAAGAGGGAGACACGACGAUCAAGGAGGCAUCGCUCGAACCUCUCUCACCACCAGCAUCAGCCGCUUCUACCUACACGAUGACCCCUGGUACGAGCAGAAGCCUCGCCCCACCUUCACUGCCACAACUACGCCGCGCCACCUCUGUCCGGACGAAACGACGCUGGCGGGAGUUCCUACGCUGCCUUCAACCCCCGAACUCCUCCUCAGUGGACCUUCCCAAGCUGCGUGAGCUUUCCUGGAACGGCAUCCCCUCUGAGCUUCGCCCCAUCGUAUGGCCCCUCCUGCUGGGCUACGUGUCCCCGAACUCAUCAGUCAGGGCGGCCGCACUCGCCAAGAAGCGACAGGAGUACCGUCGUGCUGUGACGCUGGCAUUUGGCUUUGACCCCUUUGCUGAGGGCGAGGUGGACGGGCCGCAGGCUGGGGAGGGUGUCGCGGGCGGAGUAGAGGAGCACAAGGUGCCCAAGAGUGCGCCCGCUUCUAUCAUCAGCACCAACGAUCGGCCAAGCACGCCUCAACAGCGUCAUCCCACCGACGAUCUUGAAUCAGGGCGACGCACCCCUCUCUCCCACCACUCUUCGCGCCGCUCAGGCCCAGAAGAGAAGAUAUGGCAUCAGAUCACCAUCGACGUGCCCCGUACAAACCCGGGUACGCCACUUUGGCAGCGCAAGGGUACACAGCGAGCAUUGGAGAGGCUGUUGUACGUCUGGGCUGUGGGACAUCAUGCUACGGGAUAUGUCCAGGGUAUGAGCGAUCUAGCUACGCCUUUUUAUGAAGUCUUCUUGUCUAACUACCUGCGGCAAGCUCCGGAGGGUCCCAUGUUCGGCGAUGGUGAUCUCGACGAGCCAACAGGCAUGGAUCCUCAAUCUUUCAACCCUCACGUCCUACCUCUAAGCGCUCGCCUCGCACUGGAAGCAGACGUCUAUCACUCGCUCUCCUCGCUCCUUUCCGGCAUCCAAUCAAACUACAUCCCCCACCAACCCGGCAUUCUUCGCUCCGUCAGGCGCCUCGAAUCCCUCGUUUCCCGGAUAGAUGCACCACUUCACUCCCACCUCAAGGCCGAAGGGGUGGAGUAUAUGCAAUUCGCCUUUCGCUGGAUGAAUUGCUUGCUGAUGAGGGAGAUGAGCACAAAGAAUGUGGUUCGUCUGUGGGAUACGUACCUGGCCGAGGGGGCAGAGGCGUUCAGUGAUUUCCACUGCUAUGUCUGCUGUGUCUUCUUGUGUAAGUGGAGUGCGGAGUUGAGAGAGUUAGAUUUCCAGGGCUGCAUAAUGUUCCUGCAAUCACUUCCGACGCAGUCCUGGUCGGACAAAGAUGCUGAGCUGCUGUUGAGCGAGGCGUUUGUCUUCAAGAACCUCUUUGCGCAGACGAAGCAUCUCAACGAUUAGGAGCGUGGAUAUCGUUCAGGGGAGCCGGGCAUCACAUGGUACACGAGGGGUGAGCAAAGCUGCGGUGUAGCGGGAGAGGAAGGCGAAUGCGUAGCAAAGUCGUCGCCGUGGCAGUGUCGACUCGUCGCGCGGGAUGGGUUCGCUCGCGUCAAAGAGGCCGAGGACUCAACACGGCUACCUCGCCGUGUCAAAGGAAAGAGGCAGACUGCAAUCACCAUGACG